AUGGUCCGACGCAUACGGACUCUUACCCCAUUGCUGGUGCUGGCUUGUGCCGGUUCCGGUGCAUGGGCCAGCAAGAAGGCGUUCAACAUACAGGAUGAUCUCCUUGCGUAUCCUCAAUUCCAAGUCUUCUUCCCUGAUGAUUAUAUUCUCGAUACACGGGCAAGGGAGUUAUUACAGACUCAACAAGAGGGCUCUUCGUCUUCCGCUGAUAAGACAUUCGCCGAACGCAAUCAUGCGCAAGUAUAUUUGGGAGGCCGAAAAGAUAAAUCCGAAGAAGACAAUGAAGAAGCGAUAGAAGGACCUGGGUUCGCAUACGAGGAGAUGCUCCUUGACGGACAGCGAUAUCUCUGUUCAAUCCCGCAAGUUGAGAACGAAGACAAGAACCAGACGAACGGAGCGGAAAGUGUCAAUGAAGAGGAUGAGCGGAGAGAGAUCGCACGCGCGACGGAUCGUGGUCUGGAGCUUUUGCGCGAGAUGGAAGGCAAAUGCAUGUACUACAUAUCCGGAUGGUGGUCAUACUCAUUCUGCUACAAGAAGCAAAUCAAGCAGUUUCAUGCACUACCUUCCGGCCCAGGCGUACCCAACUACCCGCCGAUAGAAGACUCUGCGACUCAUUCUUUCGUGCUGGGCAGGUUCCCCAAUAGUGGCGACGACGACGAUUUGGAGGGGGAUGCGGAGCACAAAAAGACAACGACAGAUGUCGCCGAGCUCCAGACUAAAGGCGGGUCGCGGUACCUAGUGCAGCGACUGCGUGGCGGAACCAAGUGCGACUUGACAGGCAAAGAUCGGAAGAUCGAAGUGCAGUUCCACUGCCAUCCGCAAUCAACCGAUCGGAUCGGUUGGAUCAAGGAGCUUACUACUUGCUCAUAUCUGAUGGUGAUCUACACUCCGCGCUUGUGCAAUGAUGUCGCAUUUCUGCCACCUCAGCAGGACGAGGCGCACGCGAUCGAAUGCCGGGAGAUUCUCUCCGAGGAAGAGGUUUCUGAGUGGGAAGCAAGGCGGGAAUAUCAUUUGGCUCAGCAGCUCGUCGAAUCCGCGAUUACACCCGAGUUCCCUGUUGUCGGGGAUAUCGAGGUCGGGGCGCAGAAAUGGGUGGGGUCAGAGGGCAAGCAGAUCGAGAAGGGUCGAGUGGCAUCCGUUGGAGAAGAGAAGAUUGAGGUGGUUGCCAAACGCCAAAAUGGAGAAGUCACCAGGUUGUCCAAGGAGGAGUUGAAGAAAUACGGCCUUGACCCCGAGAAGAUUGAGACGCUAAAGAGCCGACUCGAGGAGGUUGCCAAGGGCAAGGACUGGACACUCGAGAUUGUUGAGUCGAAUGGCGAGCGUGGCUUAGUCGGAACCGUUGACCCUGACGAUAAUGAGAAAGAAGAUCAGGCUGCGCAGGGCUCUACAUCGCACCGGGCUCAGGAAGCUACAUCUGAUAAGGCGCAGCCAAAGGCAGAGACUGGAGGGGAAAGCAAGGAAGCUCAAGAGAAAAUAGACCGUCAGGAGCCAGAUGAAUCAGCGCCGACCACUAAUGAUGCCGAAGAUGGCAGCGAGGAAAUCUUCUUCAAGGACGAGCUCUAG